AAGCUGGUCUUUCUGCUUAGAGCGGACCAUCCAGGGGGUGACAGGUGAGUUAGGGAGGAGUCGAAGAGGCUGGAUAAAACCCCCACUGAGACUGGAUGAGACACUCAGGACUUGGCUCGCCUUUCAGUGUGCUCCACUGUUCUGCCAAACCUCUCUCAGUCUCUGCUCUCCUUUUUUUCCACAUCUCUUUAAGAAGAAACAGCCAUGUCUGUCCAGACGGUCAACAUGAAGUCUCUCAGGAGCAACUAUGGGAGCGGAGGUGCUGCUCUCAGCAGUGGCCGCAGUUUUGCUGGAGCAGGACAAUCCUUCUCCUCAAGAUCUGCUUUUUCAACCAGAUCAAGAGCUGUAGCUAGCUUUCCAAGUGGCCUCAAGCUUAGGCCCGAUGGUGGAUUCAGCUCUGGUUCUGCUUCCAGCUUUGGUGUUGGUUCUGGCAUUCGCAUUAGCAGUGGUAGUGUUGCCGGUUUUGGUGGUGGUAGACUUGGUUUUGAUACCGGCUUUGGAGUUGGAGUCGGAGGUCCUGCAAUGCCGACAAUCACAAAUGUUCAGUACAACCAGGGCCUGCUGGCCCCCCUCAAAAUGGACAUCGACCCCAACAUCCAGAUUAUCCGUAGCCAGGAGAAAGACCAGAUCAAGGUCCUGAACAACCGCUUCGCCAGCUUCAUUGACAAGGUCCGCUUCCUGGAGCAGCAGAACAAAAUGCUGGAGACCAAAUGGAGUUUCCUUCAGGAGCAGACCACUACACGUUCCAACAUUGACGCCAUGUUUGAGGCAUACAUCGCCAACCUCCGCAGACAGCUGGAUGGGCUCGGAAACGAGAAGGUCAAGCUGGAGGGAGAAGUAAAGAACAUGCAGGGAUUGGUGGAGGACUUCAAGACGAAAUAUGAAGAUGAAAUCAACAAGCGUGCCUCUGUGGAGAAUGAAUUUGUGAUCCUCAAGAAAGAUGUAGAUGCCGCCUACAUGGGCAAAAUUGAGCUGGAGGCCAGGCUAGUUGCUCUUCAAGAAGAAAUUAACUUCCUCAGAAGUAUCUACGAAAUGGAACUUUCUGAGCUUCAGGGACAGAUCAAGGACACCUCAGUCAUUGUGGAGAUGGACAACAGCCGCCACUUGGACAUGGACGCUAUUGUGGCUGAAGUCAGAGCUCAGUAUGAGGAGAUUGCCAACAACAGCCGAGCUGAAGCUGAGAAGUGGUACCAGCAAAAGUUCCAGGAGAUGCAGGUUUCUGCAACUCAGGCUGGAGAUGACCUUCGCAACACCAAGAGCGAGAUUGCUGAGAUCAACCGCAUGAUCAGCCGCAUCCAGAAUGAAAUUCAGGCUGUCAAGGGACAGCGUUCUAACCUGGAGAACCAGAUCGCAGAGGCAGAGGAGCGUGGAGAGAUGGCAGUAAAGGACGCCAAGCUCCGAGUCAAGGACCUUGAAGAGGCCUUGCAGAAAGCCAAACAGGACAUGGCCCGCCAGAUCCGUGAGUACCAGGAGCUCAUGAACGUCAAGCUGGCUCUGGACAUUGAGAUUGCCACCUACAAGAAGCUUCUGGAAGGAGAAGAGCUAAGGAUUGCCUCUGGUUGUGGCACCGCCAACAUCCGGGUGACGUCUUCAAGCUCCAGUAGUGGUGUGGGUGGUUCAGGUUUGAGCACUGGCUUUGGAGAAUCAGGCAUGAACUUCUACGAUGCUGGGUUUGUCGGCCCUGCCAUUGGAGGAGCCGGAGGAUAUGGUGCCAGGAGUUCCAUGAGCACCAGCAGCCUCAGCUCAAAAAGCACCACUAUGAUCGCCAAUACUCGUCAUUACUAAAAAUGUCUGCAUUCAUCGUCUCCUUUCACCCUGCUUGUCCCAAUCAAGCUUUCACAAACUCAACAUGUCUUCAUAUCAUUUCUUGACCAGCUAUACCCGAAAUCAUUUGAUAAAGAACAGUCAGCCUGGUGUUCAGGAAAAAGGAAAUAAAUGGUUUCUUUGGACAUAGUUCUUCCUGUACCACAAAUGAUAAAAACAAUGUGAAAGCCUGACUGGUACUUAGUGAUUUAUGAUGAAAUGUACCACUGAAACACCUGAAAUAAAUCUUCCAGCUUUCACAGUUACUUGUUGCCUUGUUUUUGUUUCAUGCAAAUGAGAAUAAAUGAAACUGUCUAAAC